AUGGUUCGCAUUUCCACCACCAUCGCUGUCGCCGCCCUCGCCGUUGCUCCGGCAUUCGCUGCUCCAGUCUCCAGCGCCCUGAUUGCUCGCAAUGUCGAGGAAACCAUUGAAGCUCGAGAUCCUCUUCAGGCAAUGAUCCCUCGCGAUCUCGAAGACCUCGAAAUCCGUUCGCCGACCAUCCUCAGCCCAUUCACCAGCUUCCGCUCUCCUGGAAUCAUUGCAAAUCCCCUUCCUAAAAUUCCUAGGCCCUCUUUCGGUUCCAUUCUUCAUCGCCCUCGCGCGGUGGACGAUCUUGAAACCCGUUCGCCUACCAUCAUCAGCCCGGGCCCAUUCUCCCGCCUUCGCUCGCCUGGAAUCUUUGGAACACCCUUUCGUAAAUUUCCUAGGCCCUCAUUCGGUACCAUGCGUAACCGCCCUCGUGCGAUGGACGACCUCGAUAUCCGUUCGCCGAUAGUCCGAGGGGGGUGCACGAUUGGCGGGGGUCUCGGAAGACAUCGUUUCAGGCCGAGGGAAUUCGAAGCGAUCGAUAUCCGUGAAACCAGGCUUCGAGGAGGAGGACGACUCCAGGGUGGUGCCCGCCGGCUUGGUGCAGGCUUCGCAGAUGGCUUCCUCAAUUCCGUGAAUGCGCGGGAAAUUGAACAGCUUGAUUGAGGAAGUGGAUUACUUGUAGUACUUCAUGUCAACAUUGUUCUCUAGGCAAACCUAUGUAUGAACGUAUGACAAGUUCGUGCUAA